UUUAUAUAGGUACCCGUCGGCGACUAUGUAUAGUUAUAUUUUAUUCGUAUUGAUAUUUAACUGACAUUUUACUGAAAUGAAUAAAAGUUUCAUAACGAAAGUUACUUUCCAGGAUUUAAAUGGGAAAUUUCACAUUGUUGUUAUGGGAACCCGGUCGUGCAACGAAAUAAAAUCGAAAGUAGUAGGUCCUUCAUAUUUUACAUUGUAACAGUUUACUGGACUUUAAACAAAUUUUACAGAUUAAAAGACAUGUUCCAUUAUCAAGCAAAUUUCAAAUGUUAUUGUAAAAUGGAUAUAUACGUUAUAGAAGGGGGCGGUCUCUUUGUGUGCUGCACGCAGCUGCUGUGGUUCGUCGGAAAUGAAUGAUAACACUUUUUACACAAUUUGAAAAAUAGCUCAUGGACAGCUUUACGUAAAUGAAUGCCUAUAAAAAAAGAUAAUGAAAAAUGCACAAGAUUUGAAAAUUAACACCAAAAAAAUGUUUUAAACAGAGUUAAUAGCUGAAAUAUUUGUUCGGAAACAGAAAGUACAUUUGAUAACGGAAGCACAUAAAUUUGAAAUCGGAGCCAUAUUAGAUUUGGUUAUCCGUUGAAUAAAUCCUGAACAGUUUAGGUUCAAACGCGACCCCAACUAUCACAUUUUGAUUCCAGGAGGAGAAAAACAAACAUUACGAGAUGUUAAUUUCAAAUGAUGAUAAUUUAAGAGCGCAGUAAAAUGGUGAAAUUGGAAAACGAGUAUUUCAUCCGUCUAUAUCUUCUGCUGAUUAAAGGUGGUGGCGAAAUCCUUCGUCAGAUCAUCAGAUGGGGACUUGAAAGGCAGAAACUUACCCUAGAGGAGUUUAUGACUCUGAAAAAAGAUUCUAUAUGUACAUUAGAACGAAUCAAGCAGACGGAGAUAACGAUUUUGUAUCACGUUCCGCAGGGCGUGACUGAUCUUUCGAAAUGGGAUAUAUCGUUACCGUGCUGUAUUGCAGUGGAGUUCUUUAAAAAUGACUUAAAACCUUUAGAGCUACAGGCUGUUGAAAAAAUAAAAGAAAUGCGGAAUAAACUGGCUCACCAUGCAGAUGCUUCUAUAGAUUUUUACACUUACAACUCGGGAUGGACAAAGCUGACAUUAGUUAUAUAUACUAUGGCUUAUCAAAUGGAUGACAGUAAAAAAGAAUACUUAACAAACUUGAUAAGUAGUGAAGCUGAAAAAGAACCAUUAGAUAUACGAUCGGCCAUCGAGGAACUGAAGACAUUAGAUCGCACAGACGAGCUAAUUAAAAGUCUCGGCGAAGUAAAAACAGAAAUUUCCGAGAUGAAAAGGAAAAUAGAAGAAAUAUCUAAAUUAAAACAAGAGAUUCGAGAGCUUAAAGAACUGAUGGAGAAUCUAGGAAAGUCCACAGACAUUAGAAACAAAUCCCGCGGAGCAAUACACGUGAGUGCAGAGGAUCAGGAUGUAGAAACCGCAGCACAGUCUCUAUUGAUUUCCGCUGCAACAGAUAGUGCAUCGAGUUCUAGUCAUGGGGCAGUCAAAGAAAAAGUUGACAAACUUGUUGAAGAAAUUAAAGGGACAGGAGCCGAAGUUGAAGAAGUGACGACAGGAUCCGUUAUUUUCUCUUUCGAAUGUUCGUCCAUUAAAUCCCUGUUAGAUCUUAUAGAUUUCUUCGAAAGUCCUAACAUGCAGAAUCAUCUUGACGAAAUAUCAGCCGUGCUGGGAGAUAUUCUUGGUCAUAAGAUAGACCUUACGGCUCACAUGAUCACAGAAUCACUACAAGAUGUAGUAAAAAAGCUGAAAAGUAUGACAGAAAAGCGCGGGAGAUCUCUUCAGUUUUCAAUGACAUGCAGGGGAGUGGAGGGUCUGCAGCAUGCAUUAGAUGUGUUUGAAGGAGAUGCAGCUUCUAACUCACUCAACGAUUUAGCUAAAACACUCUCAGAGGAGGUUGGCAAGCCUGUAAUUAUAGAAACAUCCAUUGAUAUUGAAGAAAUGCAGAAAGCAAUCCAGACAACAAAACAACAAAUUGAAAGUGAAUUGCGUGACAUACAGGACAGCGGAGUCGAAACUACCGAAAGUGGAACUGAAGAUGAGUUUUACGAGAGUGAGGUUCUCAAUGCGACUUUCUGUUCCGGACAACUUGAAGAUGGAUCAAUUUGUAAUCAACUGAUUGUAACCGAUCACGGCUGUGAGACAUGCGGAAAGAUAUGCAGGCCUCAUUCUCGAAAGAAAUGUGCACAACAGACAGAAAGUGAGGCAUGUUCAGAAUGUGACAGGAAACUCGAAGCAGACGAUAGUGAUAUUCAAACUGAAAAUUCUUCUGUUAUAAAAUCUUCUGAUAUGAUGCACGACUUUGUUUGUACGCCAUGUUCUGAGGAUGGAAGAAGCACCGAGGCUUUUAAAUACUGCGUCGAAUGCCAGUCGUACUUCUGCAAGUCCUGUUUACAACAGCACAGCAAAUUUCCACCUCUGAAGAAACACAUUCUACUAGACAAGGCUGAUAUAGAAGGUGCAACGCGACAGGACAAGACGAAACUUCCCGUUGUUGCUCUACCUUCAGAUUUUUGUUCUGACCACCCUGGUAACGUUACCCAAAUUUACUGCAGAAAUCACGAUGUCGUCUGCUGUACUGUCUGCAUUGCUUUGGAUCAUAGGUCGUGCGAAGGAGUGGAGUUCAUUCCGAAAAUUGCCACAAAAGAGCUCCUUGGUAGCAAAGAAAGGACAGAAGUCGAAACGUCUUUAGUAGAUAUUCGGAGAGAGUUAGACCGAAUGAAACAUCAAAUAACAAAUGAGCUAAAUCAUUUAAGCAACGCCCAAUACAACAUCUUAAAGCAGAUUCAGAAUUUUAAAGCACGUUUACUCGUUAAACUUGGCGAGCUGGAGAGAAAAUCAGAAGAGCAAGUGCGUGCAAGACACAAGAUUGUUGUAGAGAGCAUAAACAGAAAUGUCGGUGACAUUGAACAAAUGCUCAAACAUCUAGAGACUCAUUUAAAGAAUAUAACAAAUUUCAAAGGCGAAAAUGAUGCACAAUUGUUUGUGUACAUAAAACACGGGCAGAAAUUUUUAUCAAAAUGUUCAGAUUUGCUACAAAAGAUCAAGAACACACCUACCGCUACUUUGAAAUUUGAUUUCAAUUAUGACUUGGAAGUUUCAUUGAAUGAGAUGCAGUCGUUCAUAAGCAUACAUACGGACGAUUUUGACAAGACAUCAUAUGUAGGUGAAUAUGACAUAAGACUUCAAAGUGACAUUUGCAAUAUAACAGCCUGUUGCAUUGUGGAUGACGGUACUUUGGUUAUAGCAGACACCAACAACAACAGGUUAAAGAGACUUAACCAGUCAUACCGUUUAAUGGACUGGCGCGAUGCCCCUGGUGGCCCAUCUGGUCUGUGCCAGGUAGGUCCAAGUGAAAUAGCCGUGUCCAUGUACUAUGGUCAAAAAGUACAGUUUGCUACUGUUGGAAAUGAAAUUUCUCUAAAAAGAUCAUUUCCUGUAAACGAAGGAUGUCUGGGCAUUUGCUGCAAUCAAAAUGAGUUGUUCAUUUCCUGUACCAGCAUCCACUUUGUCGGAACCGCCUGCUAUAUGAAAAAAGGUACUGGUCAUGUUCGAGUUUACACUCUUUCUGGUGCUCUUCUGCGCAUUUUGAAAACAGAUCACAUGGGACAUGAGUUAUUUCUAGAACCAUGCAAUAUUGCUAUUAGUAGGGAUGGUACAUACUUGUAUAUUGCAGAUGUCCAGCUGGGUCUGAUAAUUCUUGAUCGACAAGGUAAUAAACGAACUGUUAUUACCGACCCAAAGCUGAAAGGUACAUUCGAUGUUUGCCUAGGUAAUCUUGACCAAGUGUUUGUCUGCGGCCGUAUGUCACACAAUGUCACAAACACGGUCAAGUCGAGCGGGAAAUUCUUAGACAGACUGAUGGUCUGUUGAAACCGAUUUCAGUUACAUACCAGCAAACCUCUAACCAUUUGAUAGUUUCGUGUGAAAACUUGGAAAAGCUCAAGGUUUUCAAACUUAGCUAAGAUACUUUAUAUAAAGAUGGAUUUGUCACUUUAACAGUGAAUGGUAAAUAACCGGAGGUUGAGUUGGACAACAUUCUCUGGAAUUUAGAGAAAUUUAAAGAUCUUAUUUGGCAAGUACAAAUUGACGAAAAGAGUGCGUGGUCAUGCCCGCCGCUUGUACUCUACAAAGCUUCACGAUUUAGUAUGACCGGUGGGCAAAAGGACCGUCCUUGGACUGAAAAUGAAUUUGGUUCAGUUCAGUGACGAAACUGAAGUGAUCUUAGAAGCCUAUCUACAUUUUGUGAACUCUUUAUGCAGCAGGCCCGGUUCCAGAAAUAUUUGAUUGAGGGGCACCAGUCUAGAAAGAAGAUUUCACCGCCGAGGCGCAUAGCAUAGGUACGGGAGGGGACCGCUGCCCAUGUUAAAGGGGUCAGGGUGCGUCUUCCCCCAGGAAUUUAUUGAAAUAUAGGUAUGAAAUUGUGGCCUCUGAUGCAUUUUAGGUCUAAAUGUUUAGUAAUGGAAGGGUUAGUCCCUUCCUGAUUGGGGAGGAGAUCAGGGGGCUCUCUUCCUGGAAAAGUUUGAAAUAUAGGUAUGAAAAGGUGGCCUCUGUGGCAUUUAUUGAUGGGAGUACUCCGCUCAUUUUAGGGGGAUCAGGGUGUGCCCCCCCCCCCCCCGCCAUCCCCCUCUGGAAUUUUUAAAUACAGGUAUGAAAUGGUGGCCUCUGGAGCAUUUUUAUGUCUACAUUUUAAGGUAAUGGAGGGGUUAGUCCCGUCUUGGUGGGGGGGGGUCUGAAAAGUUUGAAAUGCAGGUAUGUAAUGGUGGCCUCUGGUGCGUUUCUGUGUCUAAAUUUUGAGAAAAUAUUUUUCUUUUUGAUUUAAUCAUAUUUUAUUGCUUCUGAACACAUAAUACAUAGCACAUAUACAUAAUAAGUAACAGAAGCAAAUGGGUUGGGCUACAAGUUAUUGCAACAUUAGAAGUCAGCCCUUCCCAAGUGCGUAACAUUAAUAGCAAAUGAAAAAUGAACGAGUGUAUUAGUUUAAUUAAGCAUUCCUUAUACAAAGAUAUAUGAUAGUGAUAAUAACUACAAAGAUAAAAAGAUGAAGGAGAAGAAAAAGAAGAAGAAGAAGAAGGGAAAUAUUAUAAUGAUGAUUUUUCUUUUUCCGAGAUGAUUGGGUGCAUUUUCGGCCCACCCCUGGAUCCGGGCCUGUGCAGUGUAAUGUACAUGAAAUGGCAGCAUUUUACAACUGCUUAUCACUCCAGAAUUCCUGCUCAGGAAGCACUUUAGACCAGACCGAUAUUGUUUCGAAAAUCGGGCAGAUAUCAAUUUUGCAAACCUGAGGCGAUAACGGUCCGAUAAUAAUUCCGGAAGAUAGAGAUGUUCAAAUAUCGACAGGAUGUUGGACUAGUAUCAUAACCAGGUGUCGGCUGGCAAAUAUUGAUUUGAUAUGCCAAAUGUUCCUAUUAUAUAUGUGUAGAUAGAGUAAGAAAAGUGUAUAUUAAUUAAGAACAUUAAAAAUAUUGCGUGUAUAUGACAAUAUGAUAUGCUUUCAGACGCUUAAGAAAUAUGCAUUAUUACUCAGUAUAUAAUUCUGUUAAAAAUUCAUCACAUUGUUGACGUUUACUACAUUGGAUUGCUAUAACUUCUUUACUUUUGUAGAUAAUGCAUUUAGGCUUGGUUUAAUACGGCUUUAUCACAUAUAAUUUGGUUUUUAGCUCACCUGACCACAGAGUGCUCAGUUCUGGUCAGAAUGAAACACUCAACAAAGUCUCAGAAGAAUUCAUUACUUGGUCAUUUGGAUACAAAAACGCUAGGUCAAAAAGGUCAGUUAACAGCAAAACAUUGUUUACAUUCUAGAGCCUAUAUCCUGAAACUUAUCUUCAUAGUUCUUUGUCAGAAUGGUUGUCUUUAUCAAGUUCAAAACUUGGUACCAGAAGUCUUGAACUAGGUUACUUUGUCAAAUUCUAAAACAACUAUAUUUAACGCUCUUGAUGCCUCAAUUUCUACAUGCUCUUCAUAAAUCUUCGUCCGAAUGUUUGUCUAUAUGAAAUCUAGGUCAUUUCUAAAACUGAGUUACCUGAGAUCAAAACCAAGGUUAUUAGGUUAAAUCAUAGAAUUAUUUUUAACAUGACGUUUUUAUUUUAUGUCAGUUCAGUGUUGUGUUGUUUCAUCGUCAAAUGGUGUUGCAAUUGUGCAAAGAUAACUUAGAAUUAUAAAGUACAAUUGCACUCAGCCAGGUAAUUAGCUGAAAUUUAGUAGUAAUUUAAAUUAUGUCUGUAGUAAUUUCAUGAAUUAUCAUGUAUACAGAAAAAUAAAUCUAUUGCACGUGUCCAAAUCUAUGUGAUUGCAUGUACCAUUCCCCUACAGUUUGUGAGUUGUCAGGAAAAAGUUAUCGUGUUGAUCUUUUAUUUUUUUUUUAACGAGAUAUAUAUUAUUGAUUUUUAUUUGUAGUUUCUCAAAAUAGAUUUUAUUGUCUGUUUAGAUAUUUUAUUAUUAUAUUGUAUCAUACCAGAUUUUUAUAGCGCCCUUUUCAUGAUAAACAUGUUCAAAGCCGCUUUACUAGCAUUCCAAAUUGCGCUUCCCUUCAAAUAAUCAGUUUCAACCUGACGUAAAACCCAUCAUUUUGUGUAUAUAUGGUUUAUUCUUUUCCAUUAACUAGAUCUAUAUUUAAUGAGGAUUGCCUUCUAUUUCGGUGUUGUUUUUUUCCUUCAGCCAUUUUAGUGUACACAAUCAUGUUAAUGUACAUAGUUCCUUUCACAAAAAUACUCAAACACUAGGUACUUGAAAAGAAAUUUCAUAAAAUGAAAUAAUAAUUGAAACAGCAAUGUAAAUUAA